AUGAGAGAGUGCAAUGACCCUGAAGUCAACAAUGACAGGAGUACAGGCAGCUUUGUAGCCUACCUACGGAAUGUAGAAAGAUCCUGGGACCUACAAGAAACAGGAGUUUGUCGACCUAUUACAGAAUCUCCAAAUCCUUCUUCUUCUUCUUCUUCCUCUUUUUCUUCUUCUUCUCCUUCUUCCUCUUCUUCUUCUUCUUCUUCCUCUUCUUCUUCUUCGUCUUCUUCCUCUUCUUCUUCUUCUUCUUCCUCCUCCUGCUCCUCCUUCUCCUCCUACUCCUACUCCUGCUCCUGCUCCUCCUCCUGCUCCUCCUGUUCCUCUUCAUCCUCCUACUCCUCCUGUUCCUCUUCAUCCUCCUACUCCUCCUGUUCCUCCUCCUCCUAUUCUUCCUCCUACUCCUAUUCUUUUUCCUCCUCCUCCUCCUCCUCCUCCUCCUCCUCCUCCUCCUCCUCCUCUUCUUCCUCCUCCUCCUCCUCCUCUUCUUCUUCUUCUUCUUCUUCUUCUUCUUCUUCUUCUUCUUCUUCUUCUUCUUCUCCUUCUUCUUCUUCUUCUUCUUCUUCUUCUUCUUCUUCUUCUUCUUCUUCUUCUUCUUCCUACUCCUUCUCUUCCUCCUCCUCCUCCUCCUCCUCUUCCUCCUCCUCCUCCUUAAGUAGUCGUAGUGUAAGUAGUAAUAGUAGUAGUAGUAGUAGUAGUAGUAGUAGUAGUAGUAGUAGUAGUAUUAUAUCAGAUAGUUUCAUUAUUGUGAAAAUAUGGUGGAUUAAGAAGAGCGCUCGUGGAACCGAGACGAAGCAGGAGACGCGGACUGAAUACCUGAUGAAGAAGGGAGCUGCCUCCUCCUCCGUCAGGCAGUACUACCGCGAGGACUGUCGGCGGAUCUCGGAGGUAUAUGACUUUGAGAGCGUUCUCCGAUAUUGCUCGAGUCUACCAAUUUUCGCUUACUCGAGGAAGAUGCAGAUGGAAGAGGACGCAUCGAAAGUUGAUGCGAUGAGUCUCUGCAACGACCCGAAAUAUUGCAAGAUGCAAUUGCACCCGCAGGAAAUGAGACGCUGUGCUUAA